GUGUGUGUGUGUGCGUGUGUGUAUUUGUGUGUGUGUGUGUGUGUUCAGGAGGUGAGGUGUGGACUGACCGUGUAAAUUGCAGGAUUCUCCCAUUGUAUGGAUGACAGAGGUCAUGUGGUCUCCGCCAUGGGCUUAGGAGCACCAGAUUUCCAGGAUGGCGUGUUGCGGGCGGAGCGUGUGUGUGAGCUGCAGGAGAGGAAGCAGAUGCUGCAGACCGCCCUGUCCAGCAGGCUGGGGGAACUACGUCGGGUCUGCUUACUGGAGGCAGAGCUGACAGGGAAGCUGCCGCGAGAUUUUCCUCUGGAGUCUGGAGAGCGACCGCCCCUCAUCCAGCGCCGAGCACACACACACACACAGGAUGACCCCUGUCAGAGGCGUCAGAUGAAGACUCUGUUUGGUGGAGCUCUGUGCAGGAGUGUUGAGUCCGACAAGAACACUCUGCAGGGCAAGAGGACCGUUCAUCGUGGCUGCCAUACAGAGGAAACACUGAAGUCUGAGAGCAGCUCCAUGUCAGACUCAACGUCACAAGACAACGAGUCGUCCCCGAGUGUGGCGCCCGAGCAGCGGUCACUAUCUCACCCCCGCCUCAAUCCCGGCAGCCCCGACGCACGCAUCACCAGGAAGCUCUCGCCCGUAGAGAUCUACUACGAGAUGAGGACCAGACGCAACUCCACCUCCAGCUCCGUCAGUCCCAGUCAUUCUCUCCCCAGAAGUGCGUCCAAUGUGGAAGGCCGCAGUGUUCCAGCCACACCCCUCCUGUCCCGCACUGCUCCAAUCAGCAUUCACGUCAGGCCGGACGUGUGCGGUGGCAUUGCCCUGAAGCAGUGGUGUGGCAGCCCCGACGUUCCUCACUUCGUUCCGCUGGUGUCUCUGGAGGGUUCUGCGUCCGAACGCCGCAGCUGUCCGUACGGUUCUCGCGCUCGCCGUAGCAACAGCUCGGAGGCGCUGCUGGACCGCUCCAGCCAGCCGGACCCCCGCAUGCCUCCGCGCGGCGCCGGACCCUACAAGAGCUCCGAGGCGCUGACGGACGGCAAGCUGCGUCAGUACCGGGGCAGCCCCGAGCGCCAGGCGGGGGGGGGGGGGCGCACGCGGGCCUCCGUGGGGGGUCGGCCGUCCGGCGCCGGCUACAGCGAGAUCCUGCUGGACUACAUCUGGGGGAAGGCGCCGCCACGUCUGGCCCACAUGCCUGCCGGACCCGGGCCGGCGCCGCACUGGCCGGAGGGCUGCCCCCCCCACUUUAACGGCCUGUCCCUCUCCCAGCAGCAGCUGGCCGCCCCGCCCCCCUACAGUCCCCUGCUGCUGCGCCCCCCCCCCCCCACGCACCCCAGCGACCCCCGCAGGGCAAAGGUCACGCGCACCAAGUCCUGCGGGCCAUUCCUGGCUGAGCCCCACCUGCUCUCGGCGUACGAGCCGCCCCCCCCACUCGGCCGCCGCCCCCCCCCCACGGCCGAGGACGCCACGCGGAGCCUCCACAAAGCGCUCGCGCUCGAGGGCCUCCGCGACUGGUACCUGCGCAACGCCCUGGGCUACGCCCCCACCAAGAGCCACGCCCACACACCCACACAGGCUCCGCCCACCCAGGGGGAGGGACUCUUCCCACCACUGACCAUCGGCUCCCACAGAACACACACACACACACACAUGACCCAGUCCGCCUCCUUCCAUGGCUACCCGCUGCAGGCCAGGGCUGUGGAGCUGUCCCGGUUCCCUGAGCCGUUUCCCUCUCAGCUGCAGGAGGGGGCCCUGGCAGCCCCCCCUUCAGACCCCCCCACGCCCGGAACCCUGGUCUAAGAGCCCCCCCCCCCGAUACACUGUUACCCUGGU